AUGGCGGCCGCGCCGGAGGCGCUUCCGCGGAGCAGCGGCGGUCCGUCUGCGUCGUCGUCGUCCCCCGCUCGGGGGCAAUGGCGGCAGCGGCGGUCCGUCUGCGUCGUCGUCGUCCCCGCUCGGGGGCAAUGGCGGCAGCGGCGGGCUGCACCCGCCGUCGGCGAGGGCUCCUCCGCUUCCCCGGCCGCCUCCACCGCCGCAGCCGCCUCCGCGCGCCGUCGGAGCGCGCCCGCCAUUUCGGCCAGCCACUUGCGGCCGGCCCGCUUCCAUGCGCCAUCGGAGCGCGCCCGCCUGCCGCGCUCCGUCUCCGCCCGUACGCCCGGCGGACGGCGAAUUGCCCUUCCGGCGCUGGAUCGGCCGCCGCCCCUACCCACGGGUCUUGCCCUUGUCAUUUCGGACGGAGGGGUGGUGGCCGUAGCGGCGGAGCGGAGGCCGAGCGCCCGGGAUUGCUCGUCGGAGGCGGCGGCGGGCUACGGCGGCGGGAGGGGAGCGGCGGGAGGGGAGUAG